UGCCCGACAGCCAGCAACUGGCACUGUGUUUCAGUCAAUGGACAGAGCUCAAUCAACCCCAGAUCUCCAGUUCUAUUAUGGAUCUUUGUAACUCCAUAUUUAAUAGCAUGCAGAUAGCUGAGGAAAAUAGCAAGGAAAUAUAUAAAAGAUUUUUAUUUCACUACUCAAGAGCUCAAGAUUCAGCAUAUCCACUUAAAAAUGGGGAACAAAUUGCUACUGCAGAGUUUACAAAGAAGGAUAGUCCUGGUACCAUGGGACGACCCUUUUUUCUUUUCAGGCCUCGAAAUGGAAGAACUAUUGAAGAUGGUGGAAUGUAGGCCAUCCAGAAGAUUUCCAUGGAGCAUGAAGUUAACGGGGCGACUGCUCAGCCCAUAAUCAGACUUGAUUUAUACAAGGAAAAUAAACUAUAGACUAUUUGGGCUGAAACCUAUUCCACUUAUUAAGUGAUAAAUUCACUAAGACACCUAAAUGUGAUCCUAUUCCACCCUGCUUGAGCUUUUGAAAAACCGCUAAUCCAUCUACUUUUAAAUUAUGGCAUCAUCUUAGCUAGCACACUAAUAAAUAACAAAAAGCAGCAAGGAAGAAAAAGAAACCCUACAUUACGUUAAUAGUUUUUCAAGGACAAAAUAGGAUGGAAUAGGAUUGUACUUAGGUGCCUAAAACCACUUAGGCACCUAAUAGGUAGAAUAGGAUCU